UAUGAAAAUAUCAAUGAAUCACAUGAAAAAGUAAUUGAUCUCAAAUACAUAAUUAAUUUCUGUGGAUAUAUUUUGACAGACCUAGAUAUCGAAGAUUAUCCUUUUUCUGAAAUAAUGCCAUUGAUAAAUAAUAAUUGUCCAAAUCUUGAGGCACUUAAUUUGGGUUUCAAAGAAAUUGAAAUCCAAGAUUUUAACAAUGUUUUUUCUAAUAUGUCUCAUCUUAAAGCGCUGGUUAUUAUAUGGCGAUGUGAAUAUUCAACUCUACCAAUAAGCUUGGUCGAGUCAUUGGAACAAGUUGGUGCAACCCUGGAAUUAUUUCUCCUUAAAUGUUUUUCAAUAAAAAAUUCUUACUGCUUACCAGAUUCACUGGCUUCGGUUUUUCGUGGAUUUGUCGUUUUAAAAAAAUUAUGUAUGAUUGGUUUCGAAAUAACCCAACCAAUACUCGAGUCAAUAGGUCAAAUGCCAAAUUUGGUUACUCUAACGUUCAUUUUUUUUUGGAAGGAGCAUCAAAUGCUUAGGAAUAAAAUCAACAUGUAUCCAAUUGGGAAUUUGAAAAACCUCGAAUAUCUUGAUAUUGAUUUUGAUUAUGGUGUUACAGAUGAAUUUUUGAUCAAUCUUUGUAAUAAUGCUAAAAAAUUAGAUUAUUUAUCUAUAUUUACUACACAUAUAACAGAUAAUGGUAUAAAUGCACUUAAUAAUUUAAAAGUACCAACGUUGAUGCUUCGUAAACCAUAUAAAAAAUGA